AUGGCGGAUGAGAACGAGCAGCGCUUCACUCCUUACUGCGUGACUCCAGUCCUGGCUCUAAAACACUGCUUCUGUCCUCAGAGGUCAGCAGAAGGAUCCAGCACGGAGGAUGGAGAAGACUCUGAUACGGCAGAUGGAAAUUACAGCCCUGCAGCCAAAAGAGGAAGAACGUCUUCGUUUACGCAAUUUCCACCAACUCAUUCCGUUUCUAAGAAUAAUGUUUUCAUGCCAUCCAAUUUCUGCCAGUCACCAAACGAAAACUCUGACUCAGAACCUGAAGAGAAAACUGUGGGGUUUCGCCUGAAACCCCCGACUCUGAUCCAUGGCCAGGCUCCGAGCGCUGGUGUCCCCAGCCCGAAACCCAAAGAAGCCCAGCGCAGCAUCCUGCGACCUCCAGUGCUGCAGCCCCCUCCGACUCGAUCCCCCCCUCAGAACCGUGAACACGAGCAACAGCGUUCAAACGGAGCAAAGAACCUCUCCGACGGAGGAGUCGAAUGUGAACGUCACUCCGAGGCUUCUGCUGCUUGCACUCGUGAUGAUGAUGAUGAUGAUGAUGAUGAUGAUGAUGAUCGGAAAAACUGAAGGCGCCCGAUUGAGAGCAGUUUUGUGUUUGGGCAGAAUAUGAGGGGACAGAGCAAAGGUUCGGUGGAAAACAGCGGCGUCUCCUCCAAAAGUGGCGAUUCAGAGGAAACAAAUUACUUUUUGCAGUAUAUCACUUCUAGUGCGCAAAAACCUGACAGCAGCAAUGCCAACAGCGUGAAGUUUGUCUUUGGGCAGAACAUGUUGGAUCGCGUCUUGGCAAUGCCAAAAUUCAGCACUGAACCUCCAGGGGGCAGCAAAGAGCCUCAGUCAGAGAUGGGCCUGUUCGGCCAGAUUUCCUCCUCGCAUGAUCAAACCGUGGAGAAGAGUAUGUGUUUUUUGGAGUCCCUGGAGGAGUGCUGCGGCGCGCGACACGAAGCACACAAACCACAGAAGUGUUUAUUAGAGCGAGUGGAGGUCAGGACGGGAGAAGAGUCUGAGAGCAAUGUUCUGCAGAUGCAGUGCAAGCUGUUUGUGUUUGAGAUGACGUCUCAGUCGGGGGUGGAGAGAGAUGUGGAGUGCUCGCUCAAUGACAUGGCGUCCGCUGAUGACGGCACCUUACAGUCCAGACUGGUCAUGCGGACUCAGGGAAGUCUUCGAGUGAUCCUCAACACCAAGCUUUGGCCUCAGAUGCAAGUGGAUAAAGCCAGUGAAAGAGUCUCAGAAUAA